AUGCUUGCACAGUCAUUAGAAAUUGGAGAAGAACUACUAACUAAAGUACAAGAACUCAUUGAUCAUAUGGAUACUAGUAUUAAUAUUGCAAAAACAAUGAAAUUGUACAGUGACAACACAAUUGGUAACAAUAAUAGUGAUGAGGAAUCUGCCCCACAACCAGGGAAGGUGGCACUUGAAGAUGCAUUUCAAUAUUGUGAAGAGCAGUUUGAAGAAGAUAUUGAUGGCAGUUUUAUGACAAAACUAAGAAUGCGAAUCCUUAAAAGUUCAGGAAAAGAAAAAAACAACCAACUUUAG